GCAACCGCCAGCAAGAGCAGCUCCUCUCCCAGCAAGUUAGUGACAGUAUUUGAUUCCUGUUUUUAAACUUUAAAUAGUUGAAAUGAUAAGAUUGCUGUGAGAGAGCAAGGUAAAUGUAUCUGCUCGAAGCUGUUUCGUUAACGUUAAAGUGUAGCGUUAAAUUGGAAAGUAGCAAACCUUGGCUAACGUUAGCUUAAGCUCAUUCCCACUUCAGGACGCUAGCCUGCUUAGCAAGCUGCCUGCUAACCUACAGUAUCAACAGUCGCCAAGGCAACAAUGAAUAUCCUUCCAAAGAAGAGCUGGCACGUCCGCAACAAAGACAACGUCGCGCGCGUGCGGAGGGACGAGGCACAAGCAGCAGAGGAGGAGCGCGAGGCCAAGCGUCGCGUGGAGCGUGCAGAGCAAGAGGCACGUACAGAGUAUCUCAGAAGGAAAUCCCGAGCUGCUCUCCAGACAGAAGGAGGAACGAGGGAUGAUGAUGAUGAUGAUGAUGAUAAACGGGGUGGAGGAAGUGGAGUUCUGGAGCAUCUCAAUCUUUUUCCCCUGGAGGAGUCCUCAGAGAAGAAGGGGAAUGAGGAGUAUCUCAAAGAAAAGAAAGAUGAAAAGGAGAAGCAGGAACGAGCCAUCGGCUUGCUGGUGUCUCUAGGACCCCAACCAGGGUCUGAGGUCACCCCGUGGUACAUGAAAACCAGCAAAGAAAAAGAAGAGAGGAAAGAAAAGGAAGAGGGGCAAGAAAAGAGGAAGGGACUAAGUGAAGAGGAGAGAGAAAAGAAAGAUCGCAGAUUGAAAGAUAGUUUAGAUCCACUGAAAGAUAUGAAGAAAGCACUAGCUGUAAAGGACAGAAGAGACCACAAGAGCAAGAAAUGGGAAAAAAGAGACAAGGGGGAAAAGAGAAGCAGUGGAGAGAGCUCCAUAGAAAGGUUACGUGCUGAGCGUUUACAGAGGGAAGCUGAAGAAAGGAGGAGAGCCCAGGCCCUGCUCGACCAGAGGAACGGCAAAGGGAAAGACAAGGAGCCAGGGAAGGAGAUAACUGAGAGGGAGAGGCCAUACAACACUGCAUACUUCCCAGAACUUGCCCGAAAGCGUCAAAGGCGGGAUCGAGAGAGCUGGAGAGAUGAAAUAUUAAAAUCAUGAACUAUCUUUAUCUGUCGUUUGUGGAUGUGUGAUCUGUGAUGGCUAGUUAGUAAACAAAUGUUAUGACCAGUGUGUCUCCAAAUGAAGCCAAAGUAGGUUUAGAGCCCCAUUAAGAACAUACUUGUAACCUGGUCAUGCUAUUGUCAGUAAGUUCGUCAGUAAGCCACUUUUUAUUUAUUUUUGUUCACUCAGAAAGGGAAAUUCUUGCACAGAGGUCAGGUUCAGUUGCAGUUGCCCCUGCAGCGUUUGGCUCAUGAUCAUGUCAGCAGGGCAGAUGGUUGCCAUCACAGGGGGCUUGAAGUCCAGGCUCUUAGCAAAGAAAACACUUGAGUGAAAAAAUCGUUUAUAUUACUGCAAAAAUUCAAAGAGAUUCUGAGGUGAUCAGCAGUCUUUCAGUAGAGAAAUUAGACUGUGGAAAGUAGAGCUGAAUUAAUUCGUUGAUUAAGCAAUGAUCAAGUCUUUUUUCAAGCAAAACUGCCAACCAUUCUCUGUUUCCAGCUUCUCAAAUGUGUGAAUUUGAUGCUUUUCUUUGUCAUAUAUUACUUUAAGAUGAAAUUAUUUGAGUUUUGGACUGUUCGCUGGUCACUUUGGGCUUUAGGAAAUUAUAAUGGGCAUUUUUUCACUAUUUUCUGACAUUAAGACAAAACGAUGUAUGUGAGAAACUGAUUAAGCAGAUGAAUAAAUAACGAAAAUACUUGCUAUUUGCA